AUUCCUAAAAACGCACUCAAAUUCUCAGUGGUUGCUCGCGUAACUGAACGCGCAUUACACAACGCGUGACUCUGAUGAAAUAAUCCUUCGCUUUUCCUCGAGACGUGAGCUUGGGACGCCUGGGGUUUCAACGACAUCUGUUUCCCGAAUAGUUGCUAGGUAGAGGUUAUCGCUUUCACUGUCUCGCCAUAGAUUUUUCAUCAACUGGCUGCCGAAUGGAGGAAGGCUUGCAUAAAGAAUCGCUCUCAGGUAAUCAGUCAGAGAGGCGGAGACGACUCAAUGGCAUCAUUUGCAUUACAAUAACCUUUGUACUCUUGGUACUAUUUGCACUUAUAUUCAUCAUUGCCUGGACAACUUACAAAGUAGAAGAACCAAUCCCCACCAAUCCACUAAUCCCUCUUCCACCCACCGGUCCACCAGGAGCGGAUGGCCCCUAUAAGCAUGCGGUUGUUGCUUCGGACGCUGGCCCCUGCUCAGAGAUAGGCCGGGACAUUCUAAACAAAAAUGGAUCAGCAAUGGAUGCUUCCAUUGCUGCCUUGUUCUGUAUUGGGGUUUACAACAUGCACUCGGCCGGUAUAGGGGGUGGAGGCUUCUUGGUUGUGUACAAUAAGAGCAAUGGGUCUGUGGAGGUGAUAGAUUUCCGUGAAGAAGCCCCAGGGAAGGCCAACAGAUCCAUGUAUGUUGGAGGAACUAUCAGUUCCAGAGAAGGUCCGACGGGCUCUGGGGUGCCUGGCGAGGUAAAAGGUUUUUACGAAGGCUGGAAAAAGUAUGGCAAACUCUCCUGGAAGGAACUGGUACAACCAUCCAUUGAUAUGGCAAGAAAAGGAUUUCCAUUUGGUUAUGCUGCUUACAAAGCAGCCGUAAGGUCAUCUGUAAAGCCUCUUCUUGAAAAAGACCCUGGCAUGAGGGAACUACUCUUCAACAAGAACGGCGAAUUAAAGAAGCUAGGCGAGACCCUGUACAUGCCCAAGCUCGCGAAAACACUGGAGCGAAUUCGUGACAAACCUGAUGAUUUUUACAACGGAAAACUUGCCGAGGAAAUUGUAAAAGACGUCAAGGAAGGCGGCGGUAUUUUUACCUUAAACGAUUUAAAGAGUUACAGAGCAAAAUUUAAGACACCCAUAAAAGGAACGCUGGGGGAGUACAACUGGUACUCAACUCCUCCUCCGGGAAGCGGUGCUGUGCUGAGUCUUAUCCUGAAUAUUUUAAAAGGAUACAAAAUGAAACCGUCUGAUCGAGAAGGAACAAAGAAUUCGGUCUUGACGUACCACAGGAUCGUAGAGGCCUUUAAGUUUGCAUACGCAUACAGAGCUUUGUUGGGAGACCAGGACUUUGCAAAUGUGACACAGGUUCUCAAGGAAAUGACAAACGAGACGUUUGCAGAAUCAUUGCGUCAGAAGAUCCAGGACGACCGCACAUUCACAAAUUACACCUACUACGGUGACUUCUAUCAAAAAUCCAAGGAUCAGGGGACUUCGCAUUUGUCAGUUAUUGCAGAAAAUGGCGACGCUGUUUCAGCAACUACCACGAUCAAUCUGUAUUAUGGAUCGAAAUAUCGAUCGACUCGUACUGGUAUCAUUUACAACAACGAAAUGGACGACUUUUCGACUCCGGGGGAAGUAAACGCGUUUGGCGUUUUACCAUCAGAAUCAAACAUGAUUGCACCGGGGAAGAGGCCUCAGUCCUCCACGACACCCUCUAUAUUUGUGGAUAAAAGCGGGGUGGCACGUUUGGUUCUUGGUGCGUCUGGUGGAACGAAAAUAACAACUGCUGUUUCCUUGGUUACAAUGAAUUAUCUCUGGUUUAACCGAACCCUCCCUCAAGCCGUUAUCGAUCCCAGACUCCAUCAUCAAUUACUACCGAUGUACAUUCGUAUCGACAAAGAUUACCCCAUGCCGCCCCAAAUCCAAGAAGGACUAAAGAAACUUGGGCAUGAAGUAGAGCCCAAGAGUGGUUACGCAGUGGUCCAGGUUGUGGCAAGGAAUAAAGAUGGAACACUGACAGGCAAAUCUGACCCAAGGAAGAGUGCCUGGGCAGCUGGUUACUGAUUAGUGUAAAGCAAUGCAACGAAACCUCACGCAACCUAAUGUAACUAAGUAGAUAUAUGAAUUGAAAGGCGAGUUUCUUGUUUGAAGAAGUCCCAUUCAUUGAAUAGGUAAAGUUCCUUAUAACCUUAACUUAUAAAACUGCUGCCAAGACUUGAAGACUACAAUUGUAACUGACUUUAGGGCGUGAUCCUUAGAAUAGAAGAGUAUGUACUUUACUGAUCUUAAAGUGUCAAAGCGUGUAACACAACAUGUUUAGUUAAACCCAUUAAAUUUCAGAGCAAAAUUUCAUAACCAAUAAACCGGCAAUGUGGUUACAGUAA